AUGACCACUGCAUCCGAAUCUCACCGUCCCUGGGCACUCAUCACCGGCGCAUCGGAAGGGCUCGGCAAGGAAUUUGCCUUGCAACUCGCACAGCGCAAGACGCACAAUGUCAUCCUGGCCGCCCGUAGCGUGGACAAACUCGAGUCGGUGGCCAAGACCGUAUCCGAGCAGGUGCAGUGCAAAGUGGUUCCGAUCGACCUCUCUGUCGCUGGAGCGGCUGAAGAGCUCGACCAAAAGACGCGCGAACUGGACGUUGCUCUGUUGAUCAACAAUGCCGGCGUUGCCUUUGGCGGUCCCUUUGAAGACAUGGAGUACAAGGACGUGCAAUCUCUCGUCGCGAUCAACAUCGUAGCGCUCACCGAGCUGUUUCAUAUCUUUUUGCAGCGGAUCAAGCUGCAGCACAAGAAGCUCAGCGAGCAGCAGAAGCAGUCCAACUACGCCCUGGCAGGCAUCAUCAACGUUUCGUCCGUGUCCGGCUUCAUGCCCAUCCCCUCGAUGGCUCUCUACGCCGCUUCCAAAGCCUUCGUCCUCUCGCUCACCGAGAGUGUCUACGCCGAACAGCGCAACGAGGCGAGCGAUCUGCGUAUCGUCGUCAGCUGCCCUGGCGCCACCAAAACCGAGAUCUGGACCAAGGGCGGCGCCAACGAGAAGUCGCUACUCCUGCCACUUGGUACAAAGGAGCACGUCUGCGCCACCACUUUGGCAGCUCUCGACGCCCGCGACAAGCCAGUGAUCGUGCCUGGCUAUUUCAACAAUCUUUCCGUGGCCAGCCUGAGACUCGCUCCGCGCAGCUUGGUCCGCUUCCUCAGCCGCCGCCUCAUGGGGCAAGACCCUUCGCUCCGGGAUCCUCAGGAAGUUCAAGACACCUUUGCCAAGUUGGGCCGCUCUGUACCCACACGCUCCUGA